AUGAACUUACGAGAAGCUUUGACGACUGUGGCGGCUUUGCUGCUUCCCGCACUGAUUCUCAUCUGCAAGUGGCUAUUCCGGAGGAGGAGGAGGUCCUCCAACAAUAACCCCCAGCUAUCAGAAUCUACAUGCAUUGUUGAUUCUUCUGCUUCAACUACUGGUUCUGAUGCUUCCUUGCCCCUUCCAACUGGGGACUACGAGGUCUUUUUAAGUUUUAGGGGUCCAGACACCCGCCAUGAGAUCACUGACGUCCUCUACCAUUUUCUUAUUCGCUCAAAAAUUCGCACAUUUAAACAUGAUGAGGAUCUUCAUGUGGACGAAGGAAUCUGGCCUAGUUUGGUGGAGGCCAUGAAGGAAUCCAGGAUUUAUGUUCCUAUUCUUUCAGAAACUUAUGCUGAAAAUGAAUUGGUUGGAAUUGAUGCGCACUUGAAAGCAGUAGUUGAAAGACUAGAUUUAAACUCUAAAGCUGUGGCAACUGUUGGCAUUCACGGCCUUGGUGGUAUCGGCAAGACCACUGUUGCAACUGCUGUCUACAAUAAAGUUUGUGCUCACUUUGAUCGUCACUACUUUGUGGAAGAUGUAAGAGAAACAUUGCAACGGAGGGAUGGUAUCGUUGCUCUGCAAAAUAAGAUAAUCUCCGGCAUUGCGAAAAAGGCAACUCCUGUAUCUAAUGUUAGUGAAGGAAUCCGGAUGAUAAGAGAUAGAGUUAGCCAUUACAAGGUUCUUAUUGUUCUUGAUGAUGUAGAUGACAAGUUCAAAUUUGAUGGCAUCUUGGGAAAUUCUGAAAACUUCGUUUCCGGCAGUAGGUUUAUUGUUACUUCUAGAAAUAUUAAGGUUCUGACUUUACUCGAAGGAUCUUUGUCUAGAGACAUUGUAUCAACAACAGGAGGACUUCCACUGACUAUUAAGGUUGUAGGCUCACUUCUGUUUAAAGAAGAUAGAGCAGUUUGGGAAGAAACAUUGCUGCGGUUAAGAGAAACACCAGAGACAGAGGUCUUAGACCGGUUAAAGAUAAGUUAUGAUACAUUGGACGAUGAGGCAAAACAGAUAUUUCUUGACAUUGCCUGUUUCUAUGUUGGAACUGAUAAAGAAAAGCUUCUUACAUGUGGAGUGAUUGGAACAGAUAAAGUUAAAGCUCUGCGAGUAAAUUCUUCAUCUCCUGAGACAUGUCAGCUAACAAAUGAGCAUUUUAGGAACUUGUCUAAUUUGAGAUACUUCGAUGGAAAUUCUACGGAGCUUACUGGAGACUUCAGUGAUCUUCUUGAUAAUUUAAGAUGGCUUCAGUUGCAAUACCAUGCAGAUUCAGGUGACCAAUUGACCAAUUUUCACCUGAAUAAAUUGAUCAUUCUUGAUCUCCGUGGGAGCGAUAUCACAGAUGAUUGGGGAGGGUGGACUCAUAUAAAGAUGGCAGCAAAGCUAAAAGUUCUGGACCUUGCAUAUUGUCGUUACAUAACAAAACUUCCUGACCUUUCCACAUAUGGGAGCCUCGAGCAUUUACACUUUUAUGCAUUGAGAGGGUCCACUCAAGACCUGGACCUUGGCAAUUUGAGGAACAUAAAGGUUUUGAAUCUUGAGAAUUGCAGAAUCAGGAAGAUAGUGGGGGGUAGUAUUGGAAUCCUUCAGGGGCUUCGGGAGCUAAAUAUCAGCUCGUGCAAGUGCGAGAACUUGGGACAAGUUCUCUUCGACAUAGUGACCCUGCCAUCUCUGAAGAUCCUCAGAGCAAUUAAAGUGAAGGAAGAAAAUGCAUUGGAACUUCCGAAAAGUUUGAAGGAGCUAAGCACCUCUGUCUCGGUCUCUAAUCUUCCAGAACUGACAAACUUAGAGCAAUUUACAUUUGAGUAUUGUGAAGAUUCUAAGCUCGAAAUCUCAGGCACAGGAGAAGAGUGGUCGAAGCUGUCAAAGUUGACGUCUUUGGUAGUGAAGUAUGGAACCAACAUUACGACCAUUGGCCCUCUUUCGCUCCCCCCAUCACUAACAGAGCUUCAUAUCUCCGUUUGCCCCAAACUAGAGAGGCUGCCAAAGUUGGACAAUCUGGAAAAUUUGGCUGAACUCAUCCUCUACAGAUGUUCCAAGCUUCGGGAGAUUGAAGGCCUCGGAGGAACCCUGAAGUCAUUGCAAAGUCUGAAGAUAGAUUAUUGUGAGAGUUUGAUUCACAUCAACGGCCUCGAAGACCUCGUCUCUUUGACCGACUUGCACUUUGAAUCUCUGUAUGCAUUGGAGAGACUCCCCAUCAUCAAUCUAGCUUCUCUGAACAGGCUGAGUAAGGUUGAGAUCCUGCAUUGCCCUCUUCUCACCGAGAUAUUAUUUCGAGGUCCUGAGGAAGAUGGAGGCCAAGUACGACACGACUCUUUAACAGAACUUAAUGUUGGUGCAUGCACAUUGCUGCAAGGGCUGCCUAAUCUGUCACAGUUUCCAAAUUUGAGGAAGUUGAACGUUUGGGAUAUGAAGGGUAUAGCUAACUUGGAGGGUCUGGAAUAUCUGGAGGAUUUAAGGGUAUUGGAGCUUUUUGACUUGCCGUCAGUGGGUACAUUACCUUGUCUGUCCAAGCUGAGGAAAUUAGUGAUGUUGGUAGCUGCAGAUAUGCACCGACUGUGUGAGAUUCAGGGCCUUCAGGAUUUGGAAUCAUUGGAGCAGCUAGUCAUUCCUGGAUGCACGUCGCUGGAGAGACUGCCGGAUUUGUCUGGUCUAAAGAACCUGACAGUGGUGAACAUCCGAGAAUGCUGGAAGUUGACUGACCUUUCUGGUCUCAACAGUCUGCAGGGUGUAGUCAUAGACUGGCCACAGUAAAGAUGAGAUAACCUUGUGAUGUAACCUGAAAUUGUACCAUAUGUAGUAUACUGAUUGUUUUUUUAUGUUUGUUUAUCUUCCAAUUCAAUGUUUGUGUCUUAAACUUCUUUAUUAGCACUCUCUCUCCCAUGAGAACUUGUCAGUUUAUCACUUCUGACU